UCAAUCUCGAGUCGAUAACCCUAAUUCCCACGACGAGCGAGAGAGAGAGAAAGAGAGAAGCCGUUUCUCACACAACUCCUAGUUUCUUCAGGUAACUUGGGAAAUAAUGUCGCGUGUGUAUGUGGGUAAUUUGGAUCCGCGAGUUACUGAGCGUGAACUCGAGGAUGAGUUUCGUACCUAUGGUGUGAUCAGGAGUGUUUGGGUUGCUAGAAGACCACCUGGUUACGCGUUUCUUGAUUUUGAAGACUCAAGGGAUGCCCGUGACGCCAUCCGUGAACUAGAUGGCAAGAAUGGGUGGAGGGUAGAACAGUCUCAUAACCGUGGUGGUGGUGGUGGUCGUGGAGGAGGCGGUGGUGGUCGUGGAGGUGAUGGUGGCCGUGGCCGUGGUGGUUCUGAUUUGAAGUGCUAUGAGUGUGGUGAGUCUGGUCACUUUGCGCGUGAGUGUCGCUCACGUGGUGGCUCUGGGAGGCGUCGCAGCCGUAGCCGUAGUCGCAGUCCUCCAAGAUACAGAAAGAGCCCAACUUAUGGUGGACGGAGGAGUUACAGCCCUCGUGCAAGAUCUCCUCCUCCUCCAAGGCGUCGCAGUCCUUCUCCUCGUGGUCGGUACAGUAGGUCACCACCACCUUAUAGAGCACGUGAUGAGGUGCCAUAUGCUAAUGGUAAUGGUCUGAAAGAUGUGCGUAGAAGCCGGAGCUGAGUGUUUACUUGUCUAGAUAGCAAGUAAUGGGAUCAGGAUUCAGGAGUCGACUGUAUGCUUGUGAUGUCAAGAGGACGCUUAAGGGAGAUUAGUAUCUGUGAAUUUCACUAAGAGAACAUGUUUUAGCUGUGGGGUGGGUUUGAUGUGCUUGCUACUUUUGAAUUGCUGGGAUGCUUCUUUUUGCGUUUGGCCGUAGUUGUAUCUGCCUUUAGGUAAAGUACUUUUAAAUAUCUACCCAACUUCUUAAAAGACAAACAGAAUUAUGCUAAAAACCUAUGUGUUUCUUUGUUUUUCUAUGUGUUAUGUUCUGUUGUGUCGAGGUUUCUUCGGGUUUCUACUGCUUCAUUGCUUAUCUGCUUCUGGCUUCUUGGUUAAUUUGACUGGCCUGCUAUGGGAUCUUCAUAAUAGUUUACAACUUCUUCUGCUUCAUUGCUUAUAUGCUUCUGGCUUCUUGGUUAUUUUGAUCGGCUUUGGUGUCGUCAUAAUAGUUUACCAUCAUUACUUCUGCUUCUGGCUCUUGGUCAUUUAGAUCAGCCUGCUUUGGGAUCUUCAUUAUAGUUUACAACUUCUUCUGCUUCAUUGCUUAUCUGCUUCUGGCUUCCUGGUCAUUUUGAUCGCCUGCUUUGGAUCUCAUAAUAGUUUACACCUCUACUUCUGCUCCAUUGCUUAUCUGCUUCUGGCUUCUUGGUUAUCUUGAUCGGCCUGCAUUGGGAUCUUCAUUAUAGUUUACCUCUACUCUGCUUCUGCUUCUAUAUGCUCUUAUGUUUGAAAAACUGAUGUUGUCUUCAAAACCUCUCUGGUCAUUCUUUUUCGCAAACUUAAAUUGGCUGAGGAGCUGCAUAUGCACUCUGGCAGGUACUUAUUUCCUUUUAGGCUUUGAAGAAACUUGUCUCCAGUACAGCCUGUGAUAAUAAUGUAGAGGAUGUAGAAUGUCUCUGCUAGGUUUAAGAUGGGCCUUUUCAUUUUUGAUGUUCUCCUAUGUUCAGGUCUUGCUAUGUAUGACUGCAGAUGGUUCAGUUCAGUGUUUUUAAAUUUCGUAA